UUAUUUGGAAACUGCGCCCUCUCGUGGCAGCUGACGAUAUUAUUCAUUUUCAAGGAGAGCAGACAUCAUCAUGCUGGCAUCGACAGUUCACAAAUUUCGGAUUGGUUCCAGCAGAGAUGUGAUCAGAUGCUUGACAGUGCAGCACAGAAAAUACUCAAAUGGAGCUGACAAUGACUUAGUGGUAAUUGGUUCUGGCCCAGGGGGAUAUGUGGCCGCAAUCAAAGCUGCUCAGCUUGGAAUGAAGACAGUUUGUGUAGAGAAGAAUCCAACACUAGGGGGCACUUGUCUGAAUGUAGGCUGUAUCCCUUCCAAGGCCCUCCUCAACAACUCCCAUCUGUACCACCUAGCCACAUCUAAAGAUCUCGAUAACAGAGGAAUCGAAUUUGAUGGCAUUCGUCUUAAUCUUGCAAAAUCCAUGGCCACCAAAGAAAAGGCUGUCAAAGGUCUUACUGGAGGAAUAGCUCACUUAUUUAAACAAAACAAAGUUACAAGGGUAGAUGGAUUUGGAAAAGUCACAGGCCCAAAUGAAGUAACAGUAACCAAAGCUGAUGGGACAGAGGAGAAAAUCUCCACUAAAAACAUUCUGAUAGCCACAGGAUCUGAAGUUACCCCAUUCCCUGGAGUGGAGAUUGACGAGAAAACAAUAGUAUCCUCAACAGGAGCUCUGUCUCUGGAGAAAGUCCCAGAGAAGAUGGUGGUCAUUGGUGCUGGAGUCAUCGGAGUAGAACUGGGUUCAGUGUGGCAGAGAUACGGAGCUGAAGUCACCUGUGUGGAGUUUUUAUCAAACGUAGGAGGUGUAGGUAUCGACUUAGAUGUGGCCAAAAACUUCCAACGCAUCCUACAGAAGCAGGGACUCAAGUUUAAGAUGGACACCAAAGUCACCAGCGCUACUAGAGCCGGGGACAAGAUUAAAGUAGCCAUUGAGGGAGUGAAAAAUCAAAAACAAGAUGAGAUAGAGUGUGAUGUUUUACUGGUGUGUAUAGGCAGGAGACCAUAUACAGAUAACAUUGGUUUAGAAGAACUUGGAAUUCCUAAGGACAACAGAGGAAGGAUCAAUGUUAACUCCAGAUUCCAGACAGUCGUGCCAAGUAUUUAUGCCAUUGGUGACUGCAUUCAAGGACCAAUGCUGGCACAUAAAGCAGAGGAUGAAGGCAUUAUCUGUGUGGAGGGAAUGAUGGGUGGGGCUGUCCACAUUGACUAUAACUGUGUCCCCUCCGUUAUCUACACUCACCCCGAGGUAGCCUGGGUCGGCAAAACAGAGGAACAACUCAAGGAGGAGGGUGUGGUGUACAAAGUAGGAAAAUUCCCCCUGGUGGCCAACAGCCGAGCCAAGACAAACGAUGACACAGACGGAUUUGUCAAAGUUUUAGCAGAUAAAGACACAGACAGGUUACUGGGAUGCCAUUUCAUCGGAUCUGUGGCUGGAGAACUUAUCAACGAGGCUGUAUUAGCGAUGGAAUAUGGAGCUUCCUGUGAAGAUAUUGCCAGAGUUUGUCAUGCACAUCCAACUGUAUCAGAAGCCUUAAGGGAAGCUAACUUAGCAGCAUAUGCAGGGAAAGCCAUCAAUUGUUAACAUCUCAUCACUGAAGAUUUUAUAAUUUAUUGACAAUUUUUAUACAUACACCUGGAACAUUGAAGAAUUAUGUUAUUGUGGUUCUUGAUGAACAGAAGUCGUCUGUUUUCAUUGUUUUACAGAGUUCUUCAAAAUGAGUUGAAAACCACUCUCUCAAACUGUUAAUAUUAAUAGUGCUUUAUAUUGUUACACUGAAUGCAAAGUUUCGAUCGUAUCUGCAGUACUUUUUGUUUUUUUCCUCAUGUACUAGAAAGGUUUUAUGUAGAAACCCAUGUUGAGCUCAGAAUCUCUUUAAUUCCAAUUGAAAAUAUACUGAACUUGCUUGUUAAAAUUAAGCUUGGCUGAAUUUUUUUAAAUAUGUUUGUAAAUAAUGAAGUCUUGAAUAGAGAAUAAAUAUUUAUGAAUAUUCCCAA